ACCAUCCAAGAAUCGCAUUGCAUUCCCAAAAAGCACUGUAAUAAAAACUCAGGCGAAGCGUCACAGUCACUCCCUUCCCUCACACAACAUAAAGUGUCACCCCUUAGUCCUACAACCUAGGGUUCCUCUGUUCUUCUUCUGCUUCUUCAUCUUCUUCCGACCCAACAACACCUCAGAAAAUUCACAUUCCCCCAAACACCCUUCUUCCUCGCGAUCCCCAUGGCGAAAACGAGGCCAGGAAGAAAGGACUUGGACUCCUACACCAUAAGAGGAACCAACAAGAUCGUGCGAGCUGGUGACUGCGUUUUGAUGCGGCCCCAGGACACCACGAAGCCCCCUUACGUGGCACGUGUGGAGAAGAUCGAGCAGGACAACAGGAACAACGUGAAGGUGCGUGUGAGGUGGUACUAUAGGCCUGAAGAGUCGAUUGGGGGUCGCAGGCAGUUUCAUGGGGCUAAGGAGCUUUUUCUGUCUGACCACUAUGAUGUGCAGAGUGCUCACACCAUUGAAGGGAAGUGUGUGGUGCACUCUUUCAAGAACUACACUAAGCUUGAGAAUGUGGGUGCUGAGGAUUACUAUUGUAGAUUUGAGUACAAGGCUGCUACUGGGGCUUUCACCCCUGACCGUGUUGCUGUGUAUUGCAAGUGUGAGAUGCCAUAUAACUCGGAUGACCUCAUGGUACAAUGUGAAGGGUGCAAGGAUUGGUAUCAUCCUGCCUGUAUGGGCAUGACUAUUGAAGAAGCAAAAAAACUAGACCAUUUUGUAUGUUCCGAAUGUUCAUCUGAUGAUGAUAUGAAGAAAUCUCAAGCGACAUUUUCUAUAUCACCGGUACCUGAUAACAAGGUGGAGCACAAGCGGCGGAAGAGAUGACCAAAAUGCGGUAGUAGCCUUAUGAGACGUGACUUUGCUAAAUUUGGGUGGCUAGCUAAGCUUUUGUGUGUUGUACAACUUCUUCUAGAGGCUGUAAACAUUUAUGUAUUUGACUAAACUUAUGUAUGUAUUUGUCUUGCAUUUUAUGGCAUUCAUCUCUUUUUCCUUAGUCCAUGAAGAUAACUCAUCCAAGGGUUAAUUCUUGAGAUGAUAUCAAACCUUUAAAACUAAGUAUA